AUGGCUCCACAAAUUCAAAAACCAGCUCCUUCAUUUACAAAAACUGCUGUCGUUGAUGGUGUUUUUGAAGAAGUUUCAUUAGAACAAUACAAAGGUAAAUGGGUACUUUUAGCAUUUUUCCCAUUAGCUUGGACUUUUGUUUGUCCAACUGAAAUUAUUGCUUAUUCAGAUGCUUUCAAAAAAUUUGCUGAUAAAGAUACCGAAGUUUUAUUUGCUUCAACUGAUUCAGAAUAUACUUUAUUAGCUUGGAAUAAUGCUGCCAGAAAAGAUGGUGGUUUAGGAAAAUUAAAUAUUCCAUUAGUUGCUGAUACUAAUCAUUCAUUAGCAAAAGAUUAUGGUGUUUUACUUGAAGAUGAAGGUGUUGCUUUAAGAGGUAUCUUUUUAAUUGAUCCAAAAGGUAUUUUAAGACAAAUUACUAUUAAUGAUUUACCAGUUGGUAGAUCAGUUGAUGAAUCAUUAAGAUUAGUCGAAGCUUUCCAAUUUACUGAAAAAUACGGUGAAGUUUGUCCAGCAAACUGGCAACCAGGUUCAGAAACAAUCAAAGCCACUCCAAAUGACUCAAAAGAAUAUUUCUCAAAAGUUAAUAAAUAA